AUGCAGCCGGAUGGCGAGCCUCGCUUCGAGCGCGUGGGAAUUCUGGGAGUCCCGGUGGCCCGAGAAGCGAGUGACCUCCUGGGAGACCGGUCUCAAAAGCCGCAGAAGCCCACGCGCCAGCUGGCUGAAGGAAGCUUCCAGGUGGCUGUCAAGUCGGCCCUUACGGGAAAGCUUCUGGCCGUUGAGUCUGCGGACUGCAUCACCACCGCCCUCGAACUCAGCUUGCUGGUUCAGGCCCGGCACCAGCUCGCCUGUCGACCGCUGCUCUUGCUGGAUGACGAGGUCCUGAAUCCUCUCCUCCGGCUGGAGCAGGUUGGCGUAGAAGCAGGCAGCCAGCUCCUGGCCGUGCUCACCGAGCCGGCGGCAUUCUGCAUCGCGGGUCUGCCGGAAGUCGGAUGGUCAGAUCACAAAGCCUUGUGCAAAGACUUGAACCACUUGCUGCGCUACUACAUCCACACCACCCCGCCUGUUGCUCCUUACCUUCCCUGCUUACCCAGUGGUCGCACGCAGCGCUUCAUCAUUGUGACCCUGAGCGAUAUGGACGAGGUGCAGCACUUGGUCCGAAACAUCAAUGGUAGGGCUGCCACCUUGUGCGGGACCGUGAGCACGCUCAUGGCCUUUGAAGUCAGCGACGCCAAUGCCAUCUUGGGAGAAGGCCUACAUGAUCUGCGCCUCGCCAUCAGCAAGGAAGCCAAGGCCUGGAGGCAAGCCGUGCAAAGCAAGCUGGACUAG